UAAGCCACGACCCUUAACCCGUUCAGUCACUUGCUGUAAUGUUCCUCCGUGUUUACUGCUGAGCAGAGCACGUAUAUGCGGAGUUUUCUUCUAACGCAGCUGUUUUACCUUUGUGUUUCACAGUCUCUUUAGGAAUCAAACAUGCCUAAAAGAAAGAAAGCAGACAGGGAUGGCAAGGAUGAGCCUCAGAGGAGAUCUGCACGGUUAUCAGCUAGACCAGCUUAUGUGAAGGCUGAACCCAAACCAAAAAAGACAGCUAAGAAAGACAAAGCUGCCAAUGUCAAAAAAGAGGAUAAAAAGAGCAAGGUGAAGGCCAAGGAGAGCUGUGAGUCUGCAGCCAGCGAGGAGAACCACUCAGAGAACUGAGAGGACAAGACCAACACGGUCACAAAGACUCAAAAACAUGCGAAGGAAGCAGAAUCUGAGUAGCACUAUUGCCUCCCAUCAACACUGUCAUCACAGCUCCUCAUCACUCCUAGUGUUGUGUCAUUGUCCAGUCUCCAAGGCAUAUUGUUCACAGAGAAAUAUUUUUAUCAAUGGUUUUAUAAGUAUCAGCACAGGUUUUUUAGCACAAGAUUAAGCUAAAUGCUGAGCACCCUGUAGAUCUGCAGCGAUUGUUUCUGCGAGGACGCCACACUAAAGGUGUUUUUAAAUGCCAUUUAUUGUUAAUGAUAACUUAUUUGGUCUAGAAAAAUCAUACCUGCCUCUAGAGUUUGGAGUGUUUUCUUAAAGUGUUUCUACAUUCUCUUUCUCCUCCGUCCUCACAAUUGUUUUUUGGGUUUUAAAAAGUGGUUAUAUAUGACGGGGGGAAAUUGACUUUUUUAACAUGUAUGUUUUCUUUACUAUUUAGUCAUUUAGAUUUUGGUGUAUUAUUCAUAACUGGGGGGGGGGCUUCAAGCAGAGAUUUGCGAGAACUAAAAUAUUUCACUGCAUCUUGAAGAAAAAAAUCUACAAAUUAAAAAUGCAGCUUAUUAAAUAUGAUUUUUUUUCAUGAAAAUUGUAAUUUUUUUUUUUCUUGUGAUUGACGUGUUGAAGUCUGCAGGUUGUUAUGUACACUCUGAUGUUGCAGUGUCUGCUAAUAAAGAAAAGGGUGGAAUUUUCCUCA